UGAAGCAGAGCUGGGAGGCAGCAGAGCUCAAUGCUGACUCACUUUAGGAUCAAUCUGCUUUUAAGUUACAGUGCUGGUUCGGUCUGUAGGCAGCAGCCACUGUACACUGAAGAGUUCACUUUAAGUAGUCAGCAACUAGUUACUGAGAAGGAUUGGAAGGAAAAUGGAUUCAGAAUCUGGAGAGCUAAGUGAAGGGGAUAUGUCUUCAGGUGUAUUCAGUAGAACAAAGAAAUACAAUAGGAUCAUGAAAAUCUACAGACAAAGACUGACAAACAACCAAUGUGCAAAAAAGACAAACUGUACAAGUAAAUAAAUAACACUGAGAACGUGAGUUGUAGAGUCCGUGAACAUGAGUGCAUAAGUUCUGGAAUCAGUUCAGAGUUGAGGUGAGUGAAGUUACCUAUGCUGGCUCAGGAACCUGAUGGUUGAGCGAUGAUUCUUAAGUGGAAAGCAGGAACUGAAUUCUUUAAUUCCAAAAGCUUGGCCUUACAAGCUCAGAAGAAAAUCCUCACCAAAAUGGCCACCAAGGUGGUGGCCAACAUGCUCAUUGACGACACUAGCAGCGACAUCUUGGACGAGCUGUACAAGGUAACCAGAGAGUACACAAACGACAAGAAGGAAGCCCACAAGGUCUUGAAGGACUUGAUCAAGAUUGCUUUGAAAAUCGGGAUCCUCUACAGGAACAAUCAGUUUAACCAGGACGAAGUGGAGAUUGUGGAUAAGUUCAAGAAGAAGCUGAACCAGGCUGCCAUGACAGCAGUGAGCUUCUAUGAGGUUGAGUUCACGUUUGACAGAAGCAUUCUGGCGGAGCUGUUGAACGAAUGCAAGGACUUACUGCACGAACUGAUUGAGCGUCACCUCACCCCCAAAUCCCACAGCCGCAUCGAUCACGUGUUCAGACUCUUUGCAGACGUGGAAUUUCUCUCUGAAUUGUACAAUCCCAAUGGCGUAUACAAAGAGUCGCUGCAGAAAAUCUGUCAUGGCGUCAACAAACUGCUCGAUGAAGGAAUCAUCUGAACUCUGUAGCCCCCAAAAUAGGAAAACAUUUGACUUGUUCAUCAUUUAAAUGGACCACUUCUGUUGUUUGUAUCUGGGUGCCACAGCAAGUCCUCUUGUCUGAGUGUUAUAUUCUAGGUGUUUGCAUUUAAAAACAAACCAGUUUGUGAUUAAAUAUGUUGUUUCGAAGAAAGAGUGAAUUAUCUGCUGUGCCAGUGAGUGUUAACUAGCUUUUGUUAAAUGGUUUUUCACUUGCACAUAGUGAGAUGCUUUCAACACUGCUGUCUCCAAAUCUAAGGUAAAUUCCAGCCUAGUAACCCAGUUUAAAGUUGGAAAAUGUAUCAUGGAUUCUCAAACAAUCUGUGGAAUUCUGAAAAUCCAAGAAUAAUUUAGGCCAAUAGCUGCUUUAAGAGAAUUUAGGUGUCUUACAGUACAGGACAUUUGGUCCAUUGUGUCUGUGCUAGCCCUCCAAGUGCCAUUCACUUUGUCCCUAUUUUUCUAUCUGUUCUCCAUCUUAGGUUUCCUUUACUUGUUGCCUUUUAAAACCAGUUAUAGAUAGUGCUUCUGAAAAGAUGUUAUGCUUAAAAAAAAUUAAAUUCACCUACCUUACAGUCAGAGAUCAAGAAAUACACAUUUUUGGUCUUUCUAGAAGCCCUGGUUUUCCACUAACAUGGUUAAAAAAGCCUGUUACUCCCAGAAUCUCAGAGACAUGAUACAUGGGUCCAGAUUCUGUUUUCUGAAUUGUAAGCCUCAGUUAAUAACUUGUAAAAUGGAGCGAACUGUUCUUUGUGUUUGAUCUUCAGCUCCAAUGAUGACAUACAAGGCAAGUUCUUACAUGCACAGGUACUGUAGAUGUUGAGGUGUGAUUCUGUUAAAAUGGGAGAAAGCUUGGAGUAGAAUACAAAUAUGUCUCAGAAUAGCAAUGCAGUGCCAGGAGGGAAAUAACCAGUCUGCAUUAUCACCUAAAACAACUUAUUGUGAGAACGUCCCCAGAAAUAUUUCUCUCCUUUCUGAAUCUUAGAUUUCUCUUUUUGGUAGAAUCCCUCAAGGUACCAGAGGUUACUAGAUUCAACGUUCAAAGUACAUUUUUUAUCAAAGUAUGUCUACGUUUUACAACUUUGAGAUUAGUCUCCUUACAAAGAAAUUCAAAAGAACCCAUUAAAAAAAGUCCAACACCCAAUGUGCAGAGAAAAUAAAACAAAUCGCGCAAACAAUAAAAGAUUCAAUGACAGAAUUCGAGAGUCCGUCUCGUUAAGUGAAACCACUAUUCCUGCAGUGUAACAGAAUCUAGAUCAUGAUCUUUUUUCCCCCAAGAAAUGGAAGUGGUAAUCAAACCUGAAAAGACCAUCUUGCUUCACAGAUUUACUCUUUUAUUCUCAGCCUUUUGAUUGCACUGUUCUUUAACUGUUUUUACGCAUAGCCAAUGUACUGGUUUCCUAGGCAACGAAAGCCCUACUGAAACAAAUACUGCAAAAGACAAGCAGUCAAGCGGCAGGUUUAGGAAGUAGGUUUUCGUCACAGGUUAUCUUCUGGUUCAUUGGGUUUAGCCACAUUUAUGAGCGAAUCUUGAAUUUAUACAAUUUUUGACUUGCUUUAAAACCUAUAAUCCAUUGAGACGUUGGCCAGUGGUCGCUUGUAAUCAGACUGGACAGUGCAUGCAGCUUAUGGCCCAUAAGUACAAGGCUGACAUAACUGACAGUGUCAGGAUUCACAGCUAAAAGAAAAUCUCGGGAUGGUAAUAAUUGCCAAAUCUAUUGCAAGCCUGAAUAAGGUAUGAUUAGCAAGAUUAUAACGGAAAGAAGGAUCUUAAGAUCGAUCAGAGAUAUAUUCUGCUUACCACGUGCCAAUCCAUAAACACAGAGCUGGUGAUUUUCAUCAAAUGCUGUUGUAAAAUUUUCGCUCACAAAUUAUCAGCUCACAGUGAAGACAUGACUAGGGUCUUGCAUGUCAAAUACAUUUGUACAAGACCUGUUAAUAGCUUUGAUUCUAAUGAAACAGUGGACAAUAGUCCUGUUAAAAGCAGGCACAUCUUUUCACAGUUUAAACUUCUGUUAUGUGAAAUAUUUUCAGUGUUUUAUUCACCCUUAACCUCUUACAGAAUUUUGUAACCAACAAGUGAAUCUAAUCAUGAAAUCAAGGAAAUCAAGAAGAAAUUGCAGACAGGAAACAAGGUGGUGCAGUGUUUUAAUCACUGGCUUUUUGCCAUUUGGUUUCGAGUUCAAAUCUACUGUGGACUGAUGUAAUGAAAGUCUCCUUUGUCUGUCGACUGCAAGAGUUCUAUGUGAAAUGAAUAUAAGCAUUCUCAAUGCAGUUUCUGCCGAGUACAAACCACAGCACAGAACAGUGCUGAUUGACAAUCAUCACUCAGACCCCAGGGCUGCUGGUCUGGAAAGUGGGAGAAAUGUUACAUUGAUGUAAUAAGGUUGCUGAUUCAUAGCUUGGCAAAGAAGGAUCUGCUCUGCAUUUGAAAGUGUUAUAAAGCUCAAUGCUGCUAUUCAGCGACUGCAGUAAGAAAAUAAAUUUCCUUCGACUCACGUCCCUCAACUCUUUGUUAGCAACAUGUGAUAAAAUCAUUACAUUGCAGCAAUAUCUUUAGUAGGCAUCCUAAUAAAUAUUGUAACAGUUGCACCCCCCCCAACCAGAGGAAAUCCCAUUGUAUUCUUUU